GUAUGCCGCCACUUGAGAAAAGGGUCUACAUUUGUGUUACGAAUAUUUAUUUGGUUUGUUGUGCCGUUCGCCUAAUUCCGUGAGCAGUUUACGUUACGGUUAAAUAUCGUCUUGAAAGUGAAAACGGCCUCCCACAACAUACCCGUCCACGAUGCCGUUUCGCGACUGGAGGAUUGUGCGUGUGCUGGCAGGCAUUGCCAUGCGGAUAUGGGCAGCCGGCGGUGCAGCAUUGUUAGCUGCCACGGUGAUCUACAUAAUUUAUGGAGGUUUUUUCGCCUUUCUGCUGCUUUUGUUUGCCGUCUCAGGCAUUCUUUAUCACGCACAAGAUAAUCUGCUGUACCACCCUGAACUACCAGCCAACUCACGGAUUUUCAUUCCGGUUCCGUCGAUGCAUGGCCUUCCGUAUGAAACGCUGCACGUAAAGACGCGCGACGGCGUGUCCCUUCACGCGUUCUGGAUCCGCCAUCCGGGCGAUAAAGGUCGCUAUGUACCGACCAUAGUAUACUUUCACGGAAAUGCUGGCAACAUGGGGCAUCGGUUACAGAAUGCCAGUGGAUUUUACCACACACUGCAGUGCAAUGUGCUGAUGGUCGAGUACCGCGGAUACGGCCUGUCGACGGGAGCACCGCACGAGAAGGGAUUCUUCGCUGAUGCGCGCACGGUUCUGGACCAUCUCUUCAGUCGGCACGAUCUGGACCACAGCCAGGUGAUUGUGUUUGGUCGGUCGUUGGGUGGAGCCGUAGCGAUCGAUCUGGCCGCUGAUGCCGUGUAUGGAUCGAAGCUAAUGGGUGUGAUUGUGGAGAACACGUUCACCAGUAUUCCCGAUAUGGCGGUAGAACUGAUUCAUCCCUGCGUUCGGUACCUGCCGCUAUUGCUGUACCGGAACCAGUUUCUUUCGGUCGACAAGAUUCAGUUUGUGUCCGCACCGAUUCUGUUCGUUUCCGGCCUGGCCGACACUCUAGUGCCUCCGAGGAUGAUGACGAUGCUGCACACGCGGUGCGGCAGUACGCGCAAACAGAUGCUACAGAUUGCCGGUGGUUCGCACAAUGAUACGUGGGCUGUGAGUGGGUACUACCAGGGGGUGGCCCAAUUUCUUAAGGAGUGCAAAGAAACCAAAGGACCACUGCAGACACCACCCGUCAGCCGCAGCCACGUGUGGCCACAGAUAGAGGAAGUAUGAGGUGCCGUGUGUCCCACGCGCACCGUUCAGCGGACGGUGUGGCCUUGGUGACAACGAACGGUGUUAGCAGCGGAAGCACUCCUGCCAACGGCCAUCACGUGAUGGCACCUAGAAUAGCAAUUGAGCCGCAUUAACCGAUGACUUAACGCGAUUGUUGAGCGUUCGAGGGCACCCUGGCGCGGCGGCACCGAAAAAUCGAUGACCAUAGCCGUGAAGCGGCACAAACAAUAAAACAAGAGGCUCAGCGGUGCCGACGGCUCGAAAUGGAGUUUACAAUAGCAAAUUUAGCGGCUUUAUGCGCCACAGUGCGGCAGCGAGUAACCAAACAGCAAAGGCCCUAACAGCAACAGC